UUCCCUUUAAAUAAAUGAUAUAUACAUAUGAUACUGCAUCUGCUCUUCUACUCUUGAUUUACAGGCCUGAUUGCUCCUUUCUUGGUUGCCGGCGAGUCUGAAACAAUCGAAAACUGGGAGAAGAAAAUGGGCGGUGGGGAGCUCAAAUACGACAUGUCGCAGAACGCCUACAUAAAGCUAGUGCUCCACGCCCUCAAGCACAAGUCCUCAGCCGUUAACGGCGUUUUAAUUGGUCGAUCCACCGACGACGUCGUCGAGAUUGUCGACUCCGUGCCUCUUUUUCACAACCAUCUCGGCGUACUCCCUCCUCUCGAGAUCUCCCUUAUCAUGAUAGAGGAGUAUUAUAGUGCUCAAGGUCUCGGUAUAGUGGGCUACUUCCAUGCAAAUGAGAGGUUUGAUGAUGGGGAGCUCCUUAAUUUGGCCAAGAAUAUUGCGGAUCACAUUUAUCGCUACUUCCCCCGAGCCGCCAUUCUCUUGUUAGACAACAAAAAGAUUGAAGCAUUACCAAAGGAGAAAGACAGAAGCCCCGUUAUGCAGCUUUAUACAAGGGAUGCAUCAAAGAACUGGAAGCUAACUGGAUCUGAUGGAGGCAGUAGGUUGGUACUCAAGGAGCCAGCAGCAAAUAUUGUGUUGUUAGAUUUUAUUUCAUCCCAGAAGUGGCAGGAUGUGAUAGAUUUUGAUGAUCACCUUGAUGACAUUACCAAGGACUGGCUGAAUCCAGAUCUCUUCAAGUAGUGUUGCCCUUGGAUGCGUAAAUGGUUGCUGUUUCUUCUGGGGCAUCUGGUUUGCCUUUAUGCAACUUGAUGGUGCAGACAUGGAUAGACAAUAGGUUUUGUGGUUUCUUUUUCAGGGCGAAAUUUUGCUAGUAAUGGCUUAACAGAAUAUCCAUUUGUUAAAUUUGAGUUUGUCAGACAAGCUACUCAAUGUCUUUUUUUCAAGGAAACUCCUUUAUUGAAAUUUAUGGCUUUAGAGUGGAAGGACAUGCCAUGCUGAAACAUAAUUUUCUUUGUCGAAUGUUAAGCAACGCAGGCAAUGCUCAUCUC